AUGAGGUCGUCGCCCCGAGCCGGGGGCGAGGAGUCGCGGGCGGGUGGGGCGGUCCCGCCGGGUGCCCUCCGGGAAGGCCUGCGCCGGGUCCGGGAAGCCGGGAGUGGCCGCCGGGAUGGCUCCCAGAGCGGAGAAGGAGCAGGGGACGGAGGCUCUGCAGGAAGUGGCCCGGCCCUGGGCACCGCUUCUGGGGAUCUAGGCGAGGGUGAAGCGGCACCACGGCUGGCCUCAGCCGGGCCCCGGGAGCUGCAGCGUCCACAGUCAACGGCAGAAUGUGCUGAGCCCCCUGGCCGCGUGCAGAGCCCCUGGCCGCGUGCAGAGCCCUCUGGCCAUGCGCAGAGGCCCUGGCCGUGUGCCGAGCCCCCUGGCUGUGUGCAGAGCCCCUGGCCGCGUGAAGAGCCCCCUGGCUGUGUCCUCAGGCCAACACAGUCGAGCUGCUGGAGAACAGCGUGGGGAAUCCAGAUCCUCCCAGAUGGUCCCGGGUGCACCAGCAGAGCUGAGCAGCUGAGGCCACUUCCGCCUGAGCACUCCCAGGUCUGGGCCCCCACCUGGCUUUAUCCUUGGCGACCCACCCUCACCCCCAUCUCACCCCGGGCACUCCCAGCUGCCCCGCCCAGCCGCUGUCUGUCCCUGUUUGUCCGCUGUCUGCCCCUGUGCGUACUGCUUCAGCGGCCUGGGCUGUGUUCUCCCUUGGCGUCCGUGGCUCUGUGUCCUGGCCAGGUGUCUCCCAGGUCCCACCCUCAGAGACCCGCAGCAGACUGCCAGCUCGUGCCCCAGGACCACCCCAGACCACGUCACCGUCAACAGGGCGUCCUCCUCGGACUGGCCCCGGCUCCCUCCCGGGAGUCCCUGCCUCGCUCAGGGCCCCGAGUUCCAACAGACUCUUGCCGGGGGCUCCGGAGACUGCUGCACUUCCCCAAGGCUCGCGGCCCCCACGCCGGUGCCCACCACGGUCCUGACGGUCUGCUGGCCUCUGGCCACACUCGCCCAGGCCCAGUGUGCACACAGCAGCCAAGCCUGCCGGUGGCUGCCCGAGUGUCCCCGGGCAAGGACCGCACCUCAGGCCCGUGGACAAGGCCGUGCCUCACCCUGGCCUUCCCACGCCUGCCACGAGGCGGCCUCCGCCCACCCUCCCUCCCUCGAGGCUGUCCCGCCCCACCCAGCCCAGGCCCCGACACGGGCCCAGGGCCGCCCUCGAGUGUUUGUGUAGGAUAUCAGCCCCCGGCGGCUCCUGGCCGUGCCCGGCUGACGCAGACUGGCACCCCUUCGGCACCUAAUAAAUAAUGAGCCACCCACCAGACGGCAGACCGGGCCUGCGCUUCUGCCCGCGCCCUCAGUCCACGCACCACGUGGUGCCCACGCCCGGGCUCCUCCCUGGGACGCCCCGCGCCCCCUCAGGCCGUGCCCCACCUAAGGGUCUCCGGCGGGACUGGGCCAGGCCGGCCGCCGCCCCCCCGCCCCAGCGUC